AUGGAUGCUACGAUUUACCAAAUAAUCUUUGGGGAGUUUGGGGACCCAAACUGUAGUUUGAUGGAUGCCUUUCAAAACACUUUCUACGAAAACGCAUCGUUCUCUUUGAUGGAUAUUGACGGUACGAUUUGGGGGGAUUUUGACACCGUCAUCAAUGGUUAAUGCUCUUCCUUGACGUCUUAGGCAAUUAAAUAUCAUUAUUUAAACGCCUUUUUGUUUAUUUAAAGGUUUGUAUUGCAAUGCCACAACUGAUGAGAUUGGAACAUGUUGGCCAAGGAGCAACACCGGACGGAUGAUGGAGAGACCCUGUCCAGAGUACAUCAACGGGGUAAAGUACAACACCACAAGUAAGAUAUUAAACCACUGA